AUGGGGGAUGGUCUCUGGCAUGUCAUUGCCAUGGUACCCUACUGCACUGUCUUACUAGACACCAAGGACUAUGUGCUGAUGUUCACCAGAGCUGUCAGUGCCUCUGUGGAGGAUGACCUCAAUAUUCUCAUGGGGUUUCUAGGUAAUGACUGUAACUAGGUUGAUGGUUAAUUCCUGAGGAUAGGGACCCAGGGGUACUUCUGAGUUCCAGAUAAAUCUUCCCUGGACUACCUGGAUGUCUGCGUCUCUGAUGCUGACUAAAGCUCCACCGCAGUGGUCUGUGUCAACAAGGAGCUGGAAGGCUCACUUAGCACCAUGGUCCAGCUCUACAGCAGGUCCUAAGACCCCAGUCCCCAGGCCCUGAAGUCCUUUUGAGACUUCUACCCAACAAUGGGGCUCCUGGGUAACAUGAUGGUAAUGCCACCCAAAUCAGGUACUAGUUGA